AUGGCUUCCAUCACCAUCUUGUACCCGUCGGGGCACGACUUCGACAUCAAGUAUUACAUGCAAACCCACAUGCCCCUCGUAUCUGCUUCUUGGAAAGGAGAGGGCCUGAAGAGCUGGGAGAUUACCCAGUUCGCUCCAGACCAGAUUUAUCAGAUACAAGCCAUCUUGAAGUUUGAAUCGCUGGCUGCGUGGGAGGCUGCAUCGACGGGAAAGAACUCUGAGGCUGUCUUUGGCGACAUUGCCAAGUUCACCACGGCCAAGCCGGUGGUAGUCAAGGGUACUCAUCAUGGCUCCGAGAAUGUAGUGUAG